AUGAUUGUUGAAAGUGAGUCGAGGAUUGGAACUACUGGUUUAGAAGAGCAAGAUGCAUGGAUUGUACAUCCUACUCCGGGUUAUGUGGUCAAAUUUAGGGAGGUCGAUUCGGAUUGCCGUACAUUAUUUGUGAAAGAAAAAAGCAAACUAUUUCUAAAUAUAUGUCACUGCGCGUACUUGCCACCUCCUGCUCAAGAUCUCGAUGAGGAUGAAGUUGCUAAAAUAUUAGAUUCUAGUGAUCCUUCAAGAUAUCGGAUACCACUCUGUGUUGGUGAUGUUGAAGUAGUGUUGGAUCGAAAAGGAGAGAAAUCUGUUAAAAUUGACGUAAUUGUAAACUCUACAUUUUUUUCCAACCAACUCGAAAAAAGUGAAUUUUUCCGCCAAUUAUUAUUGCUAGUUAUUUCUGAUGCGGUAGAGAAAAAACAUGACAUAAAGAUUGAUGUGAAGGAGGCUAUCAAAUUGAAAAAUCGAAAAUGUGUGGGUGAUUUGAGUGUUCAGAAAAUACAAAAAAGACCGCGGGAAGCGCUCAUCAAAGAAAUAAAUUCAGUCACUGAAACAGCGACUGUUUCUCUCCAAUGUGACUCGCUAAAGAAUUGUAUGCUACUUCUUCGAAAUGGUAAACAACUAGAAGCGCAUCUUAACCUAUCCACUGUUAAGCCGUCAGUAACUGAUAUGAGCAGGUUAAAAGUUCGCAUGAACGAUGAUCAUCUAUUGGUCAUUUUGGAUAGGAAGAAAACUAUCUUGGAUGUAUACUUUCCAGUUAAAGUAAAUUAUGAAACAGCUGCUGUGAAGCUUUUCGCUGAUAAAAAAAUGUUGCAAGUUUUAGUACCCGUAGUUUGGUGA